AUGAGUACCGGUGAGAUUCGGAAGGACUUCCGGUCCGUGGGAGGUGUCUUGGAGGUGGGAGGUGUCCGGAUCGAGAUCCUGGCAAAGCUGUGCACAACAGCCGGGGGAGCUCUGGAGCCUCACGUUUCCGCUCUCAUUCACGAAUUCCUCUCUUCGAUGGACUCCCAGGAACCCACGGCAUUGCUUCAUCUUAGUUCCCAGUUGGCGGGGGAUCAGCGAGCCCAGGAAGCCAUGGACCGGGCUCGGGUUCGAAAACCCUCGUCUCUCCUCGAUGCCCUUGCUUCUAUUCUUCCAUUUGUGAAUGAGAAAAACAUGGAGGAGGUGAGUGGGAAGUUGGUGGGGAUUCUUCGUGGGCAUGGAGGACUUUUAACAAAGUUCAAUUGUGCAUGGGUCAUUCAGGUUCUGGUCUCCCUCUUGCCGAAGCAAACAGUUGAACCAUACACUGGGAAGAUCCUGGCAGCAUUGGUACACAACCUGCAUGACCGUAAUGCUGUUCUUCGUACUGUCAUGGCCAAGACCAUAGGACAUAUCAUGAAGGCUGCUAAGGACUCCAGCUUCCAGAAAUUGGGGGAGAAGAUCACCUCUUGGUACCUGGAUAAAGAUGAUGAAGAAACUCUUGUCAUGUGUGGGCUGGUGGUGCACUAUAUCCAAGAGCAUAGUGCAGACAGAGGCAGUAGUCACUACAUCUGGUCACUGCCAUUGGCCUUUCUAGCCAUGCAUGCCAAACCACCUUCUCUGGAGUCAAAGACUGAAGCUAAGAAUAGUUGUGAUGUUUGGAGGGAAGUCUGGAAUGAAGGAACACCAGGAACAGAGAUUGGCCUGAAACUGUAUGCAACUGAGAUCGUUGACCUUAUUGAGAAAUUCUUCUCAUCACAAUCAUGGAUGAAAAAGGCCCAGGCCGGGAGAGCCCUGAGUUCCUUGCUUUUACUUCGAGAUCAUCUGAAUGAUUCACAACUCAAGAAGAUAUCUGGGCUUCUGAUGGAAUCCCUUAGUGGAAAGACUUGGGAUGGAAAAGAGGCAAUACUUGAAGCCACAAAGGAGUUCUGCUCACAUGCCACUGGGAAGAAGGAGGAGUUGAGGAGAGAGCUGCAACUUGGAGAGUUGGUGGAUGGAAUGCUGAAAGAAUGCCGCAAAAAUGUGAACAUGUCUUACAAGCAGCAUUGUCUUACACACACAGCUGUGGCACUGGCUGCCUGUGGAAGUGACAAGUUUUCAGCCUUCAAAGAAUUGAUGUCUCCCAUCUUAUCUCAGGGCCAAAUGAGGGAAAGCAACAGAAUGGAAGAAAAGGGAGAGGAGGAGAAUGAUCUGGAAGGAAGCAUAGCAGAGCGGGAAAACCUCCUUGUCUGUGCCUGGGUUGCUAUAGGCAAGGCAUGGCUCCCUACAUCUCAAGGUGCAGGAGAAGACUUGCAGUGGAUUCUGGAGGAAAUUAAAAAUUCAUUGGGGAAAAGUUCAGGAAAAAUUGUUGGAGUGAUGAGGACAACUCUAUCCACCCUAAUUCUUAAUUCGCUCCAGGCUAAGGAAUUGAGUGCAUUUGAUCAAGCUGCCUCUCUUCUCACUGAAGUCGUCUCAUCGUUGACGUCGCAUUUGCCAUCCAAAUCACAUGAUACUCUAAUGGAGACAAUACAGAAACGGCUUAAUGAGUUGGAAGAUGCUGAAGUGAAGUUAAAGCUUGAGGCAGCACUCCAACCCCUACUCCAGGGAUAGUCUAAGUGAUCCACUUGUGAUACCCUUCAGAUAUGAGUGUGCUUACUGCCGUCCCCAUCAGAACUGCUUGUGAAAGAGGGAAAAAAGAGAGAGAUAUUCAUUCUUUGCUCAGUCUGUGCAUGCCCAGAUGUUCUUCAAUAUGAAUUUGUUAUAUACGUUUUGUGCCUGUCCUCUUUCACCACAGAGUGCCAAAAUGCAUGUUGUUGCAUUAUUCUCUGUUGCCUUUUCGUUUUAGUUUGAAUAAAGUC